UUCAAUUCAACAGUAUUGUUUAGGAUGCUAGAACCCCUCCAACGACUGAGCUCAGGGUAGUUCCGUGCCUACAGCUGCGAGCCCGUUAAGUUGGUGGCGUGAGACCGGCACUGCCUCGCCGGAAUCCACGGCAGCGUUGGAACUUCACUUCCCAGCAAGCCCCGCGCCUGGUGGCGUCAGCGCGAGACCUGACAGGCACCUCGCCCUGUCUGCUGCCCAAGCUGUCAGGCAGAGGCGGGACACCACACGCUUGACGUCAGGGCGCGCGGCAUCCUGGGAUGUGUAGUCUGACCGGGACUCGGACGCCCCCUCGAAUGAAUGGGGCCGGACUGCCUGCGAACUACAGCUCCUGGGCCCGCGGCUUCGGUGGCGCCGCGCGGGAAGUGGAGACCGCGGCGGCCCCCGGGGACAGCGGCGCGCGGGUACGCUGGCAAUGCGCUGUGCCGCGGAGGAGGCGGCGGCCCGGUUUCCAGGGAUAGCGGUGUAGGCGGGCGCUUCCUCGGCGCGCUCGCUCCCCUUCCCUGCACCGAUGCACCCGGCCUUCGCGGUGGGCCUGGUUUUCUCAGGCUGCUGCAGUAACGUGAUCUUCCUAGAGCUUUUGGCCCGGAAGCAUCCAGGAUGUGGGAACAUUGUGACAUUCGCACAGUUUUUAUUUAUUGCUGUGGAAGGCUUCUUCUUGGAAGCUGAUUUGGGAAGGAAGCGGCCAGCUAUCCCAAUAAGGUACUAUGCUGUAAUGGUGACCAUGUUCUUCACUGUCAGCGUGGUGAAUAACUAUGCCCUGAAUCUCAACAUUGCCAUGCCUCUGCAUAUGAUAUUUAGAUCUGGUUCUCUAAUUGCCAAUAUGAUUCUAGGAAUUAUCAUUUUGAAGAAAAGAUACAGUAUAUUCAAAUAUACCUCCAUUGCCCUGGUGUCUGUGGGAAUAUUUAUUUGCACUUUCAUGUCAGCAAAGCAGGUGACUUCACAGUCCAGCUCGAGUGAGACUGAUGGAUUCCAGGCAUUUGCAUGGUGGUUACUAGGUAUCGCGGCACUGACUUUUGCUCUCUUGAUGUCAGCAAGGAUGGGUAUUUUCCAGGAGACCCUAUACAAACAAUUUGGGAAACAUUCCAAGGAGGCUUUGUUUUAUAAUCAUGCCCUCCCACUUCCUGGCUUUAUCUUCUUGGCUUCUGAUAUUUAUGACCAUGCACUGCUCUUCAGUAAGUCUGAAUUAUAUCAAGUUCCAGUCAUUGGUGUGACAGUGCCCAUCAUGUGGUUCUACCUCCUCAUGAACGUCAUCACUCAGUAUGUGUGCAUCCGAGGCGUCUUCAUCCUCACCACAGAGUGCGCCUCCCUCACCGUCACACUUGUUGUGACUCUCCGCAAGUUUGUGAGCCUCAUCUUUUCCAUCCUGUACUUCCAGAACCCUUUCACUCUGUGGCACUGGCUGGGCACCUUGUGUGUCUUCGUUGGGACCCUGAUGUACACAGAGGUGUGGACUAACCUAGGGACCACAAAAGGCCAGCCUCAGAAGGAGGACAAGAAGAACUGAGGUCUGCCUGCCAUAGGGAGGGCCAGGGUCUGGGCCCCACCUCACCUUUGUUAAUGCUGAAUUACCCCCAAGCACCAGAGAAUCCUCAGGAGGGGCCCCUCCGAUUUCUCAUGGCUAUACUACUGACGUUUAUGGACUCCAAAUAGCAACCCCUCAACUCUGAAAUAGGAAGAGAAUAGCUCUCUGCUACGAAACAGCCCAUUCACUUGUUAUUUGUUCUGUUUACCAAAAUAUUCAGUGCUGCACUUUCUUGAAUGCUGAGUCCCCAGAGCUACUAGUUUUAUAUCCGUGGUCUUGGGCAAGUGUAUCCCUUUUGUUGCUGUUCUGUUGACUCUGCGUAACAGUCACUGUGGUCCUGGGGCCUUGGGCCUUUUUGCCCCCUUCCAUCCUUCAGCAGCAGCAUCAGGAACAACUGAGUGGCCCAGUGAACUGAGACACUGGUGCUGCUGGGGCUGGACUUUCCCCAGUGUUGGGGAAGAGCAGUUUGUCCCUGUGAGCUGGGCCCUGGUGACACGAGUAGGACCGGUAGGGCUCAUUUCCCACAUUCUACUUUUUUCCUAGCAGAAGUCAUGUGCGUUCACAUCUUUUGAUUUCUGUGCUUAGAACAAAUGUGCAGCCUCUCUAUGUUAAUGAGAAAGGAAGGUUGUAUCUGAACUGGGAAAGGGACGUUUUCCCUCUGUCCACAUGCCUAGUAGCCUAGAGCAGAGGUGUGAUGCCCAGCUGGCUCCUAGCAGGCAGGUGAAGUGGAGGAGAGAGAUGCAGCCCUGCCUGUCAACUCUGAUAGCAUGCCAGUGAGUGCACUAAUAUAUAUACAGUAGGUGUGGUGUAUGAAGUAGGUCAAACCGCAACUAAAAUGAAAAGGGUUUUUUUCCUGCCUGUGGUAUCAGUGUUCCUCCGAUGAGAUUAAUUUUGAGAAAGAGGCGUAACGUCAGUGGAACAUGUUUUGGUGUUUGUGCUUUUGUGUAGUUUGUAUAUGGUAAUUUUGGAGGUGAGACUAGCAGGAAAGUCAGUGUUCUUUAUUUCCUUGUUCUUCAGUAGGCAUUUAAGCUGACUGGCCACUUCUCCUUUUGCACAGAGAUGAAGGCUUUUGCACAAAGACAAAAAAAAAAGGGGGUGGGGGGCACAGAUUGUGUUCUUAAAUUGAGGUGUGGGUCUCCAGGUCUCAUACCGAGGUGCGGUAUGUCUACUCCACAGCUGGGAGCUGUUCCCUGGUGGGGUCUGAGGUCAGUGUCUCUAGAACCGCUGGGUUGCUUCGGGGAAGUCGCUUAAGCUGCCUUGGCUUUUUGUUACACAAAAUGUGGAUACUGUUUCUCCACCUGAGCCACAAGGUUCCCAGACUGAUUUGUUGUUAUGGACACUGACCACUUUCAAGUGCCACUAAUGGUUUAGUCUAAAAGAUGCUGAAUUAGGUGUGAAACCAUUCAUGGAAUCAAAUGGUACUUUCUUUGAAAAAUCUGGAGUUCCUCAGGCUGAUGGUGCUAUAAAUACCAUGGGUUGAAUAUCCUCUUAAAAACAACAAAAGCUACUUUUUUUAAAUCGCUUUAUUGAGGAACCUGUCCUUAGACUCUGUUAGCUGUGUAUCUGGAGUCUUACCAGGAUAACUCUGAACAGGACAGAACCUUCCACCACAUGGUAUCACCCUUUUUAUUGGUGGCAAAUAUUACAAUAUAUAUGCUAACUGAACUGUUGAUGUACACAGACAGCUCUUCACUGGGUCUAUUAGGUUUUAGAGAAUGUGUGUCCCUCUCAGUGUGAAUGCUCUGCUGGUCUUAUUAACAAAAGGUUCUGUAUGGACAGAUAAGGGCACUCAUACAGUGAAACAAACACAUGUAAGAACAGAAUGUCUGAAAUGCCCCGUGGGUUGAUUUUUCUUUCUAGUGGUCGAAUGUAAGGAAAUAUGUCUAACAGAUACUAGUUGAUUUUUUUUAACAAGCUUUUUUUUUUAACCAUUUAUUUCCCUUGCACAACUGACUUUUCAAUCCAGGUUGAAAUUUAUUUCAACCUUUAUUAAAGGGGCGAAUAAACCAUUUUGUAGAGAAUCAGAUUCAUAUGUAACUAGAGGAGAAAUGUCUAUUAAAUAGCUAUGCUUUCUCUGAAUCAAGAUCAUGUAACUUUGUGCCCCAGAGAUAGAGGAUAUGGUUUGUUUACAAAAGAAAUUGUUGUUUAAGACAUCCAAAACUCUACCCUUAGAGCAAAGAUCAAAUAACAGUUGACACUAACCAGCAAAUGAGCUGUGUGUGGGUACACCUAUGUGCCCACUUAACAGCUAGACUGGUGUCCUAAAUAAAGUAACAGGAGAAAAUGGUGGCUGUUUGAAUUAUAUGUCUGCAUACCCUUUACCACAAUUCUAUUGUCGCAUCAUAAGCUCUCUUUUUCUUUUUGUAUUAGUAAUUUAUUUUUGUUCCUUUAUUUUCUUUUUCAUCCAACUAAACAGCCAUUAAUGCACUAGGUAGGCUUCUGUCAGGUUCUAACAUACUGACACAAUCCAAAGAGUUUUUUUCCUUCUGCCCUUUUAUCCAGUAUUUUAGUUAUUUCAGUGCUAUGAGUGAAAACAUGAAAGCCAAAUGGAUGCAUGCCACCCACAACAGACCGAUUCUACCAGAAAGAUUACCUGACAUUUCUAAAGGAGUCUGACAUCUCGUGGUCAUUUCCUGAGCACCUUUCUUCCUGUCUGCCCUGUUUUUCUUUUAAUUCCUAACCUCCCCAUCCUGUUUCCUCACUGCAGCCUAUGUUCACUUGUAUAGCUUUCUCCUGAGCAACACCUAUCUGUAAUCUUGUGUCCGUUUAUGCCUCUAUUCUUUGGGGCCUCUCAAUGUUUUUAUGGAUUUUUACAGGGUACUUACAUCCGCAUACCAUGUAUUUUGUUACACUUUAUUAAAGCACUGAUACAGAAUGGGGUGUCUACCUGGCAGAGUAUGUGAAUAUAUGUAGAUGAGUAUGGACAUGAAGGGUUAAUGUAAAAAUGUUCAUAUAUUCUGUCAUGGCUCAAAGUGUGGCUGAGAAUCUUUACCACAGUUCUUUUCUAUAUUUGGAAAAUAAUAGUUUUCCUGUUUCGCUCUUCUUGUCCUACCUUUAGCUGACUUCACUCAGCACUGUCGAAUGCCUGUGGAGAGGGGAGGUAGAAAACAUUAGGUUAGGAGUGAUUCUAAACCAGUGCAUUAGCUCGGGCUGGUGGACAUGCUCAUCAGUGGACCAGCUGGCAUAUUAGAGAAUGUGGCAAAGACCGGGAGCAGGUACGCAGUGCACACUGAGAGCACAUCAUAGAAACGUGCAGUCAAGAUCCUACCUUGCAGUCAUUUGUUUCUUGUGGGUGUGGAGUUAUGAGUAAUUCUGCCCUUAUUAGGUAAAGUAUUUGGGUCUCAGUAGCUUUAUCCUGGGAAAUGGGAAUGCUCUUACCUGCGAUCGUCCACUCUUAGGUUGAAAGAAGUGUCAAUGUAGAUAAGAUAUACUCGUUAUUAUUACUGGUUGUCCUGGCAUUUGAGAAUGAGUAUCAACAGUGUUUGUAAAUGAAAGAACUAGUCAUUGCACUGGGAUGUGUUCAGUACACACCGAGCUGUGGUGGCAGACUGUGUAGUAUUGUCUCCUCCCAGCAGUUUCCUGCCAGUAGACUGCAGAGAAGGGAGGAACCAGGGGUCAUGUCCAAGUUCUGUUUGCCAGUCCCAGCACAGUUUCUGAGAAAACUUCUGAUGGAUCCUGAUACCUGUGUUCCUACUCUUCAUUAGCUGGUUGGCAAGAAAGCAAAUAAGAGGAAACCUUCCUAAGAUUCAAAGCCAGAGAAGAAAUAGAGGGCGCACACCAGGGAUUGCUCCCGGCAUGCUGCUUUUUGCUGUCUUCCUGCCUGGUGGUCAGAGGAAGAGCAUUGCAUCUUGAGCACCUUGCACAUGAGAUGUACAGUGCAAGGGGAUGCCUAUCAGAGUAGCAGUAAGGAUUUCUAAAAGUUUUUGAAGUAGGUUAUUUGGGGUGAACCUUACAUUUCCAUAGCUGGUUUGUAUUGGCUGAUGCCUGGAGCUCAUUGUCUGUUUGUCUGUUCUCAGUAUCAUACUGAGACCUCUGUCUGUGCUUUACCCACUUUAAUCAUUAACCAUCCUGGCAAAUUGCCUCAAUUUUAGUCAGGUAAGGUAAGCUGCAAGGGUACCACAGGUAGGUGGGAUGGGGGAAGCCUAGUCUACAUUUAGAAGAAAUAAAACUCAUGUUUUUUUAAGAAAAAAAGCUUUAUAAUUCCCUGGCACACUGGAUUAUAUAUAUCUUGUGAGAUGUAAGGAUGACGCCUAUGAACCCAGGACAGCGUGGUGAUCCCCAGGGCGAUACAAAUGGCUGUAUAUAUUACUACAUCACAGUCAUUUCUGUGCAAGUUGUUUCUGUUCCAGAGAAUGGCAUCUUCCUCCAAAGAAGAGGAUGAUAUUUAAAGUAGAAUUUCCUAACAAAAUAUGUGGAGUGGGGGGUGGGGAGGAAUGGUAGGGUUAUGGUUUUCCCAGCCUGGGAGCUAGUCAUUCAGUAUCGAGUUUUAAGAACAAAGACGGGGCAGAGAUAGCAGUAGAGUAUGUAGAACAGCUAAUAGGCAUUAGUGAGCAUUCAGAUGUUGAGCUCUGUAAAUAUCAAACAUUGGCUUCCAGCCUUGUGAGUUAUUUGAGCAUAGAGUUAAGGAGUACAUGGAGAUUCUGUGAAUAAAAUGUUUUGCCAAACAAGCUGAAGAAGUCUUUUACCAUGAUUACUUAGAAAGAGCAAUUUUCUACUUUCUGAAACAACUCAUCAGACACCUGGUUUUUAUCCUGAAUUGUACAGUCAUUGUUUCUUAAUAAAAGUGAUAAAUUUG